AUGCAGUGUAAAAUUACUACGGGAUCUGCGAGCAGUCCACUGGGAAGAGGCAAUUCAUCUGGACUUCUGAAAAUGGCAGGAGCAUUGCGCUGGAAGGAGGCAGAGGAAACUUCAGCUCCAGCUCGUAUAGAGUUGAAUGACGAUCUUACUUCCCAGUUUGGAUGUGAGUUGGGACACUUUCCUGAUUUCGGCAGUAGCGAUGGAGACUCGUAGCAGCGCAGCCUUCCAGAGAUACCUAGGCCUCCAAACCACGGUGAGCAUACACAUCAAAACCUCCAGAAAAGUUGACAAAAACCACCAAAAAUGGCAAAGGAGUAAUGAUCAACCUACCCGGUUGAUGUGACAUAGACAGUGCUGGGCUUUGUGCGGGUUCUUCUUCGAAACGGUCGGUUUCAAGAAACCGAGAUUGAUAACUUUGCUGCUACCUCACAGUUUAAGCGAUUCUUGAAGGCGAAGCAAAUGGUUGAUCGCUCCGAGACGGAAUCAGACGGAGAGGAGUCGAGUGAGGGAACAUAA